AUGAUGCCAAAUAAAAAUCAAAAUGAAGGUAUACCAGCGAUAACGGGUCAAAUUGACCCUACACGUGCGUUUCACGUAUUUCCACAAGAAUUACAACCAUUUCGAAGUAGUCUAAUAGCUUAUGGGGCUUCAUUAGCAUCUACUUUAGUGGGUUUCCCGUUAGAUACAGUUAAAACAAGGAUGCAAACUCAUAAAAAUUUCAAAAAUUAUUUUGAUUGUAUUAAAAAGACAUAUAUAAAUGAAGGUAUAACUGGAUUUUUUAGAGGUAUAUGGGCUCCAUUGAUAUCUACAUCUUUUUCAAAAUCAAUUAGUGUCUCAUUAUUUACAUUGGUGAAACCAUAUACUUAUGCGGCCAUUUAUGAUAAUCUACUAAAUAUGGAUAAUUCUCAUCCAUUUAUAAAAAAUAUACCAGUUUGUUUUGUAUCAGGUUUGAUUGCUGGUGGUGGAGUUUCAAUCUUUGCAUGUCCAUUUGAAUUUACUAAAAUUUAUGCACAAUUGGAGAAGUUAUUAAGAAACAAAGCAAUUAAAGAAAUACCGUCAAAUAUGCAAACUAUUAAUCAAUUCCCACAAUCGAGUUCAACUUUAUAUAUAGUGAAACAAAUUUUAAAAUAUGAUGGAUUUAGUGGGUUAUACUCUGGGUAUAAAUUUCAUAUAAUGAGAGAUUCAAUUUCAACUGGGUUUUAUUAUUCAAUUUAUGAAUCAAUGAAAUGGGCAAUGAAUGAUUUAAUAAAUAAAAACCCAGUAGAAUCAUCACCAAUUUCAAUUUUAUUGUCUGGUGGUAUAUCAGGUGUUUUCAGUUGGAUUAUAAUUUUCCCAGUUGAUACAACAAAAUCUUUAGUUCAAAAAGAUGCAGUUACAAAUAUACUACGAAGAAGUCAAGGUUUAAAUCCAUUACCAAAAAUUAAUAGAAAAUUACAAAAAUUUAAUAGAAGAGCUUAUAGAGGUUUAGGUAUAUCUGUAGCAAGAUCAUUCAUUGUGAAUAUGGUAUUUUUCAGUGCAUUUGAAUUGGGAAUGGUUUAUUUAGCAUGA